GCUGCCGCACUCUUGCAGGCAGUCUGGACCGCAACCAAUACUGCACAGCGAACACAAUGGCAGAACCAAAUUGCAGCAGAUCAGAUUGCUGCAGCGGAGCAACAACACCACGCUGAUGACGAAGCACAACAGCAACUUCAAGUGCGACGACUCGAAGAAGCUGCGGUUGAAGAGGAAGAGAAAAAGAGGAACCGUCUUAAACACAUACCCAUCCCCAAACGUCCCCGACCUUCACGUGCCAAUGAGAACAUUCUAGUUUCAGACUUUGCCCUAUGCAAACUUGAGAAGGGCCAUCAUGUGGAAAUCUACUAUUGGACCAACAAGGGUCUAUCAGAUGCAUGUCUGCAUUAUUGCACUAUGGACAACGAGGGGAUGGUACCCACCACUGGGCCAGAUGGCGCUACUGCGUGGAUGCCAGCCAACACCACGCGACCCUCCAUGGCAGUCAUUCCCGACCACAGCUUGAGCCCUCUGGAAUUUGCACAAGCCAUCCCCCGACUCGUUGUUUCCUUGAUGGAACAUGGCUGGGAUGAAGAAUGGGUACAUAUGCUGGCUGCGUUUUGGGGCGCUCUCAUGUUGCACCGGUACUGGAGUUCAGACGAUCCUCUCAAUCAGCGAGCUCUACUGAUGUAUCAGGAGGAGCAGCGUCGAGCAUGGCACCAAGCCAUUCCGAUGGCAGGAGGAGCUUGGGAUAUUUCAAUCCUCGAUGAGACUGAGAUCAAUCGCACAUUGGAUCGCAUUUAUCGGGAGGAUCACCGGUGCUGUGACAAUGAUUAUGACUACCAGGUCUGUUAUUCCAUCACAUUCAACUAA